AUGACGAAGAAAAUGGAGUUCUGCAUGCUGAGAGCAUUUCAACAGUACUUAGUUGAUCAAUUCAUCAAGCUUGAGACUCAAAGGUUAGAUUUCUAUUCACUUAAUCAAGAUUUAUUUCGAGUUGAUGCGUUAGCGGGGAUUCUUGAUGUUCUAAGACACGGAGAGAGAGAUGCAUCAAAUAUUGGUAAACAAAGUUUUCUUCCUGCGAGUUUUGUAGGGGGUCCUAGAGAUAUGCGCAAAAGAUAUAUGGACGCUAUUGUGUUAGUGCAACAUUUUGGAAAACCUGAUAUAUUUUUGACAAUGACAUGUAAUCCAUCUUGGCCUGAAAUAGAAGAACAUUUAUUUGUAACAGAUGAGGUACAAAAUCGGCAUGAUUUAGUUAGUCGAGUGUUUAGAGCGAAGGUAGAAGAAAUGAAAACAGAUAUACUAAAGAGAAACAUAUUUGGAAGAGUUGCUGCUUUUAUGUAUACUAUUGAAUUUCAAAAACGCGGUCUUCCACAUGCCCAUUUUCUUAUCAUACUCAACAACGAAUAUAAAUUGUUAACUCCAGUAGCUUAUGAUAAAAUUGUUUGUGCUGAACUGCCUGAUUCUGAUACGAAUGAUUACUUGUAUACACUUGUUACUAAACAUAUGAUGCAUGGACCUUAUGUUGAGAUCAAACAAUAUCAAUUCGCUAGAUGGGUUUCGCCGCCGGAAGCAACUUGGCGUUUAUUUGGUUUUUCCAUUAGCGAAAUGAGCUCAGCUGUUUACCAUCUUCAGCUACAUCUUGAAGGACAACAAUUUAUUUCUUUUAAAACCACACAGACCAUAAAUGCAAUUGUAUUUCCUGACACAAAUAUUGUAUUUGCCCCUGUUUUCAAAGAAAACUUC